AUGCAGUUGGCGGGCCCUCUCAAGAAACCGAGCGCGUUCGAGGCUGCCGCCGACCAGGCGAGCUACCGUGUGGCCGACGUGCAGCUAGCAAGCUGCAGGCAGCAUGGCGGCGCUGCGGUGUUGUGCUCAACUGCUGGAAAGACCGGUCGGAACGGUCGCUCUGCCGCUGUGGGGGCGACGCUUUUCUGGCUCACCUGCCCCUACCUGAACACCAUGGUUGCACGGCUCGAGCGGCAUGGCGCGGUUGGUGCGUUGCAGAAACUCGUCGAUAACAACGCCAAUGUGGCCGCGCAGCAUGUGGCCUCACAUAGGCAUUACGAGGAACGCGCCCGAGCGCUGCUGAGCGCUGAGCGGUGGGAGUUUUUCAGUUCUCAUUUUACCUCGGGCUCCGAGUCACAGGGCAACCGCAAGUACGGCAAUGCAGCAGUUAGCCAUGCGAAGGAUCUUAAAUGCUUACAUGCCCUUGUUGCACAGUCGUUGUGCGGUGCCCCCAACGUCAUUGGUGACGCCAUUCUGUUCUACAUGCUGUUUCUCUCGCAAAAGGUUGAAACCUUUGAUAAGGUCUCAGAGAAAACAGCUUCUCAUACAGAUGAUGCUGAGAAUGACAGCAAUGACACUUUUACAGAUGAGAAAAGGUCUUUGGAUGAUGUAUCUGCCUUGGUGGCAUUUGUGGAGAGCUGGUCGAGUAAAAAUGUGGCUAAGGAUGGGACGUCGUCAACUGUUUUGGACGCUGACGAUGUGUGCUCUGCGGCGUGUAACGUGCUUACCUUCCUCGAAGGACGGCCUCCAAGACCACGCAAAAAGCAUCGUAUUAACUGA